GCGAAUUGGAAGUGAGAAAAAGAAAACCCGCACUUCCAUGCAAAAAUUUGUAAACAAGUUGAAAAGGACCAUUUCAAUUAAAAAAACCUCUAUUUUGCGUUUGCCGCGAGACUUCAGAAAUCCAUGAAAACAUAAUUCCCAGUUUUAAUGGAUUGGAUCCAUUGCAACGCAUGCGGCGUCCAGCCCAGCAAGGACAAGAGCCGCAAAUUCCAGUUGACCAGUUGUGGCCACAUUUUCUGCAACCAAUGCGCAGAACAAAACACCAACCCGGCGUGCAAAGUCUGCGGCACCAAGUGCACCAUGAUUCAACUGACGUCGCAAAUGCCGCCAGAAAUCCAGCACUACUUUUCCGACCCGGAUGAAGUCAUCAAGAAGGCUCUGCAGAUCAUGAGCUUCCAGAAGGGCCACAGACUUCGACUUGCCUCGCUUCGGUCGCAAUCAAGUGUGACCCAAGCACAGCUAGCCGAGGAAGGCAAAAACCUGCGUGUCAAACUAGUCCAGCAGGCCAAGCAGAUUGCCAAACUUGAGUCUAAACUGGCACAAAUGAAACAAAUGUUUGUGGUGAUGUCCGGCAUGCAGAACAGCAAGUCCGUCAAGUUCAACUCUCCGGUGGUCAAGACCCCAACCCUGCUGUCACCAGCACUUUCUGUUAGCUCGUCGAUCCGUUCUGGGCAAACAGUCGUGCCGAACAACAACUCUUCUGCAGACCGGCGCUCACCCAUGUAUGUUUCACCGGAAUUUCUGCAAAAAAUGGGAGGAAUGUCCAAGUCAUCACCAGCUUAUGCAAAAUUGAGCAGUUCCCUUUCUGGUAGGCAAAAAAGCAGUCCAACAGAGAGAAUGGCCAGCUACUUGUCCCAAUGUACUUCCCACCAAUUUAGAAGCAAUAAUUAAAGUUUAGAAGGAAAUAACGCAUAGAAAAAUGUGACCAUAAUAUGUUGCUUUUGUAAUGAGAAAUGCACACUGCCUAGCUGUAAAUUUGCCUCAAAAUGUGAAUCUGUUCUUAUAUAAUUUUCCAAAAGUGUAAUACUUAUAAAUAAACUAAUCCAUUAAAAUUAAAAUGUACAUACUGGCAAUU